AUGGCGCCGACGCCGUCCUCCGUCGAGGAAUUCGCCGCGCUCGUCAGAGUCGUCAAGGAUGCUCAGCGACGGUACACGACCGACCCCGAGAAGCACCCGGCGUGUGACUUCAAGGGGUGGGUGAAAACGACGCAGAAGCGACCGAUGUGUCAGUGGGGGGAUCCGUCGAGGCACUCGAGCGAGACGCUGAAAUUGUUCGUGUCGACGCUCGGGUCGGAGCGCGAGGCGGAAGUGACGACGCUCGCGGAGGCGGACGCGUGGCGGAAGAAACGGGAUGAGUGGGACGUGUGGAGCGCUGAGGAGGUUGUGGGGACGAAGGAUGACGCGCGGUGGGCGCUGGUGCGUCGAACGCGGGAACAUAAGAGUUUUAAGGAUUGGUAUUACAGUUUGGCGUCGCACACGCGCGGAUGGCGACGGACCAAGUAUCGUCCGGUGAGGUGGUGUGUGGAGAAGGGUCUCCAGCCGAGGUUGUUGGGGAUCGAUUGCGAGAUGUGCGAGACGGAUCGCGAUGCGCGAGCUCUAGUGGGGGUCUCGGUCGUGGACGAGAGUGGGAAGGUGUUGCUGAAGACGCUCGUCAAGCCGCCAGGCAAAAUAGUCGACAUGAAGAAAGAAAUCACUGGUUUGGAGGAGAAGGACGUGCUCAACGCGAAGAAGACGCUCGAGGAUGUGCAGGAAGCGAUCGUCAAGUUGUGCAAGCCGGGAACGGUGCUCGUCGGGCACUCUUUGGUGUACGACUUGAAGGCGUUGAAGAUUGACCAUCAGCCCGUGAUCGACACGGCGCUGCUGUUCCGGUACUCAAACGUUCGUAAAUCCACGCCGAGCCUGGCGGUGCUGUGCGAGAAGUUUCUCGAUCGCAAACUUCGUGAAAAUGCAGCGGGAUUCCACGAUUCGGUGGAGGACGCGAAAGCGGCACUCGAUUUGGCGCUGUGGGAAUCGAGACAGGCGACACCAACGCGUGAGUUGGAUCCUCCGCCGUUUUCUCUGGACCCCAAGGAGCUUUCUAAGCUCUUCAUCCAUCGGAUCCCUCGUGGGAUUGAGAUUGAUGUCAUCAAGGGUGUGUUUGAGGAGCAAGAUCGUGCGCACAUCACGAAAGUUGAGGGCUCGCAUCUAGGCGCGAGCUCGACGCUGAGCCCGCCAGGAGGCAAAACCACCACGACGUGUUACGUCACCUUCACUGACGAGACGCACGCCACCGAGGCUUUCAAUCGUCUCGAGGGCGCUGUCACGCUUGACAUCAUCGGUCGAAGUCAAAAGUUUCGCCCGCUCACGGGGACGUCAAUCGAGGUGAACGGUAAACCCCCCGUUGUCGUCGUGCGCCAAAAUUCACAAAAUCCAGCGGCGCCGCUCGUCGCCGCCGAGGAUGCCAAACGCGCGGCCGAGCGCGCCCCCGAAGGCGAGGCUCCUCGGAACAAAAAAGGGAAGAGAACUAGUGCGCACAAACGAGCGCGUGUCUCCCUUCCCGGCGACGCGCGUCGGUAG